GUAAGAUUUAUGCAAAGACAAAACCUCAAAAACUUAAAAUGGCUGCGAAUCCCCCUUCCACCAAACCUUCCAGAGGUGGCUGGAAAUCAGCCAUUUUCAUCAUCUUUGUGGAGGUGGCGGAGAGAUUUGCCUACUACGGAGUUGCUGGAAACCUGUUCAUGUACCUGACCAAGGUGCUCGGCCAGCCCACCGCCACCGCCGCCAAGAGCGUCAACACGUGGCAAGGCGUCGCCGCCAUCUUCCCGGUGGUCGGCGGCUUCCUCGCCGACUCCUACGUCGGCCGAUUCAAAACUAUUCUCAUCUCUUCCAUCAUCUAUCUCAUUGGCCUUAUAUUGCUGACGGUAGCGGUCUCUACGGUUCCACUCGAAGCGCGCCAUACAGUUUUCUUCAUUGCGCUCUACAUUCUAACCGUAGGCGAAGGCGGUCACAAGCCCUGCGUGCAGACCUUCGCGGCCGACCAAUUCGACGAGAGCAUACCGGAGGAGAAGGCGGCGAAGAGCUCCUUCUUCAACUGGUGGUACGUGGGGAUCGUCUCCGGCGCCACCGCCGCGGUGCUGGUGGUGAUCUACGUGGAGGAUCACGUGGGCUGGAGCUUAGGGUUCGGGAUGCUGGCGGCGGCUGUGGCGGCCGCGCUCGUCGUCUUCCUGGCGGGGAGCGGGAGCUACAGCCGCGAGGCUCCGGUGGGGAGCCCGUUCACGAGGGUGGCGCAGGUGGUGGUCGCCGCCGUGAGGAAGCGGCGGAUGCCGGAGGGUGAGGCGCGCGGCGUGUGCGUCGAAGAUGACGAUUACGGUGGCGUCAGCAUGGAGGGUGGUGGUUCCGGUGCGGGGACUCUAGCACCCACCAGUCACUUCAGGUUUGUAGACAAAGCAGCGGUGAUCGAUGCGAGGGACGCAUCGAGUGAGAAGCGGGACCCGUGGCGGCUGAGCUCAGUGAAGCAAGUUGAAGAAGCGAAGCUGAUCUUCCAACUGAUCCCGAUCUGGCUGAGCUGCCUAAUGUUCGGGGUUGUGAUCGCGCAGCUCGGGACCUACUUCACCAAGCAAACCUCCACCCUCAACCGCUCCAUCACUCGAACCUUCACAAUCCCCCCGGCGUCCUUCCAGGUCAUCACUGGCCUAACCAUCCUCCUCUCCGUCCUCCUCUACGAGCGGGCCCUGGUCCCCAUCUCCCGCGCCAUCACGGGCCGCCCCUCGGGGAUCACCAUCCUGCAGCGCAUCGGGACCGGCCUGCUCCUCUCCAUCCUGACCAUGGUGGUGGCCGCGCUCGUGGAGUCCAGGAGGCUGCGCGUCGCGGCACAGCACGGCCUCCUGGACAAUCCGCGGGCGGCGGUCCCGUUGUCGGCGUGGUGGGUGGUGCCGCAGUACGUGAUGUGCGGGCUGGCGGACGUGUUUGCGGUGGUGGGGCUGCAGGAGCUCUUCUACGACCAGAUGCCGGUGGGGAUGAGGAGCGUGGGGGCCGCGGCGUACAUCACGGUGACCGGGGUGGGGAGCUUCCUGAGCACUGGGGUGAUAGCGGCGGUGCAGAGAGUUAGCGCGGCGGCGGGAGGAGAGGGGUGGUUGGGGGAUAAUAUUAAUAGGGCGAAGCUGCAGAAUUUUUAUUGGGUGUUGGGGUGUGUGAGUGCGCUUAAUUUCUGUGUUUAUAUUUGCGUGGCUAAUAGGUUUGUGUAUAAGAGGAGUCAGCCUGCAGCUUGAUUGUGUGUUUAAACUUUAAACUUUAAAGGGACUUAAAUAAUGUCUCACUCUAUAUUCUUCUCAA